AUGGCGAUUGGUUCGUCUCUGCUUGUGACUGCCCUGGGGCUGCUUUUGACGCGAAUGGGAAAGUCAGGGCGGGGUGGACAGAGCCCUUUGGUUCCAUAUCCCACUGUUCCGUCCUUCAUUCUUCAACUUUCCCCCUUUCGCCCCUUUAUUCUUCCCCGUUUCCCCUGCUCGCUCCUCCCUCGCUCCUCCCUCGCUCCUCCCGCGCUCUCACUCGCUCACCCUCGCUCCCCCUCGCUCACCCUCGCUCACCCUCGCUCCCCUUCGCUCACCCUCGCUCCCCUUCGCUUCCUCCUCGCUCCCCCCUCGCUCCCCCCUCGCUCCCCCUCGCUCCCCCCUCGCUCCCCCUCGUUCCCUCUCGCUCCCUCUCGCUCCCCCUCGCCCCCCCUCGCAGUACCCCAGCCUUUCAAGGCGUCGCUCCACAUUGUGAGGCUUCGCUCUGCCCCAGCCGUCGGAUCGUACCGAGGAGGAAUCAACGGUUAUCCAGCGACGGCCCCAUCUGCAGCUGCAUCAAGCAACACCAGCGUAGAUUCACAACACAACAGCACAGCCCACCGGCCUAACACCGCCACUGACGCCCCCAACCCCGCUGGGACUGCUACCCCUGGCGCAUCGUCCCAGCCUUCCAUACACGCCAAUGCAUCAUCGUCCCCUGCUUUCUCCGCCGCAGCAGCUGCAGAUGCAGCCAACGGGGAGCAGCAGCGGCGGCGGCAUGAGUGGCGGCAGCAGCGGAGGCAGGGGAAGGUGGACAUAAAGGCGGAGCACGUGCAGCAUUUUGCACAGUUCCUGCGGGAGCAGCAGCAGGCCGUGGCGGCGGAGGUGGGGGUGGCUCCAGACAGCCUAGCGCACCACUUCAGCUACUCCAGCCACGCGUUUGCAGCGCUGCUCACGCCACUACAAGUGUGGCGGCUGUCGCGGCACCCAGCAGUGGCAGCAGUGCAGCGCGGGGACGACCUGCUGUACCCGCAGACCACCGCCUCCUCUCGCUUCCUGCGCCUCCCCUCCACCGCUUGGGUCACUGCUGGGGGCGCGGACGCUGCAGGCGAGGACGUGGUGAUUGGCGUGGCGGACAGCGGUAUCUGGCCCGAGCAUGACAGCUUCAGUAGCAAGGCGGGGGACCUGUACGGGGGGCAGCCAGUGGACUACAAGGGCGUGUGCACAGUGACAAGCGACUUCCCCGCGUGCAACACCAAGGUGCUGGGCGCGCGCUACAUCUACCAGGGCCUCGUCAAGUCCGGCCGGGCCAUCGACCUCACUGUUGACUACCUCUCGCCCCGAGACGUGCUCGGCCAUGGCUCCUGCGCCAGCGAGCCGCCUGCGUACCUGUACCACCCCUCUGCUCUCCCCUUCCCUCCCACCCCCACCUCCUUCCCCCACUCUCCCCCACCGCCCCAUUUCCUCCUGCUUCUCCCUCACACCUCCCCCUUCCACCGCCCUCCCAUUCCCCUUUCCAGGGCAGCAGCGGGCAACCGGUACAUCAAGGCAGUGGGCGGCCCGUUCACACGCCCCCUGGGCGCAGCCAGCGGCAUGGCUCCCCGCGCACGCAUCGCCGUGUACAAAGUCGUGUGGCGCACACAGCUGAUCCCAGGCGUGGGCGGCGUGGACAGGCCGGGGGGAGUGGCGUCGCUGGUGGACGUGGAGGCAGCAGUGGACUACGCCAUUCAGGACAACAUCGACGUGCUGCUCGUGCCGCUCAGCGCCGGGUUCAGCCCCACCGCGUCCUACUUCGACCAUGUUUCUUAUCUCAACGCCUUUGAGGCUGGAGUGACAGUGGUGAAGCCAUCCGGUAACCGUGGGCUCAUGCUGGGAGUGCGCACCAUUGAGAACUACUCGCCCUUCUACCUCACUGUCGGCGCCAGCUCCAUAAGCCGGUCGCUGUCAAUGGACGGAGCACGCAUCAAAGGAUACUUCUCAACUGCCGCCACCACCUCCGCCACCUCCCAACACCAACUCGCCUCCACCCCCUCCUCCUCCACAUCCUCGCCUGGCAACGCGUCUCUCUCCCCCGCCUCUGCAACACGUAGGCGGCAGCACGCGUCACUGGCUGCCCUGGCAUCCGCACUGGAGGGCGUGCGGCUGACAGGCGACUGGUCACGCGCGCAGUUCCACCCCAUGGCCCCCGCUGCCUCUGCUGCGCUCUCUGCUGCUGCCAGAAAGAAGGUGAGGCGUGGGAUGCACGAGGUGGGUGGCAUGGACGAGGCAGGAUUCAUGUGUGUGGGCCAUGGCUGGCCAUGCAUGCCCGGGUUACUCAACCCGCUGCUGGCGCUGGGCAAGGUGCUGGUGUGCGGGCCUGGAGGCACGACCCGGCAAAAGAAGAUCGCUGCUGCAGCUAGAGCAGGGGCACGAGGUGUCGUGCUCACUUAUGCUGAUGCUGAUGGGGGGGAGGAGGAUGAGGGUGAAGGGGGCGGGGGUGUGGAGGAGGGAAUGGGGGAAGAGGGGGGUAGUGGGGAGGGGAGUGGUGGAUUGGGUGGUGAGGUUGGUGGGAUGUCUAGUGGGGCGAAUGGGGUGAACUCAACCGGAGGUGGGUCGGGAGACAGCCUUCGAGGACGAAGCACAGUGGAAGGUGUUGGAGGAGCAGCAGGAGGGGCAAGAGACAUGGCAGCAGCAGGGGUUUCAUUAGAAGGCACCCUUGCUGCUACCCGCCUCUCUGUUGCAACCGGCCCAUCCCCGCUCCCCCUCGUUAGCUUCAACCCUUUCCUCUGGCUGCGUUUAACACAGCCACUCCGCCUGCCCAUCAUCGACUCUGCCUCCUCCACCAGCCCAGUAGCCCUGCCCCUCUCACAUCCUCUCCCCCCUGUGCUGCCCCGCCCCGCCCGCCUCCCCCAUGCCAGCUUCAGCCCUUUGCUCUGGCUGCGCUUCCUGCAACCACUGCGCCCGCCCGUCAUCGACGCGACCUCCUCCACGGGCCCAGUGGCCCUGCCUCUGGCCCGUCCAGGAGGCUCCCAGCCCACCAACGACCUGCUCAAGCCCGACCUCAUCGCCCCCGGCGUCAUGCUCUGGGCCGCUGCUCCCGGCGGUGCCCGCACCAACCGCUUCCGCCGCCUCUCUGGGACCUCCAUGGCUGCCGCUCACGUGGCAGGCGUGCUUGCGCUGGUGAUCCAGGAGAACCCGACAUGGCUGCCCGGGAGAGUCAUGUCUGCAGUGUUGACCACGGCCAAGCCCACGAAUGUUUACGGCCGGCCGAUUAGGCUGUGGAAUGGGCUUCAGGCAGAUCCCUGGAUGAUGGGAUCGGGCCAUGUGAACCCCUCAAAAGUGCUCGAUCCAGGGCUCACUUUUGACCUCAUAGCAGCAGAUUUCAAGAACUUGCUUGCGGGGCAGAACCCGAAACGGACGGCCAAGAUCUUUCCGACGGCGACUCUGGAGCCGAUUGAUGCGAUCCAGCUCAACCGGCCGUCCAUCGCGAUCUCGCACUGCGCGGGGACAGUGACGGUAGCGCGCACUGUUACCAACGUGGGCAUCAUUCCCGCUACCUUCGUUGCCAAGGUGAAGGCGCCUUUUCUGACGUUGGUGGAGGUGGUCCCUCCGAGAAUCACGCUGUCUCCUGGCGACUCGUACCGGUUUCUAGUGGUGAUCACAGGUUUUGUAGAAAGUCUCAAGUUUGGCCAUAGCACGGUGCGGUACUUGGUAUUCCUUCGCAGCUGGUCCCAAUGCCAUUCUUUUUCCUUCCAUAAUGCCGCGCUACACUUCACCACCAAAGCAAUGACAGACACCAUGUGA